AUGGAUGAACAACAUAAUUACUUAAGAACAGAGUCAAAAGGUGAAUUGACUAGGACAUCUUCAACAUCGUCUAUCAAUUCACAAUCGAGUUCUAGUACGAUAAGUUUAAGAGAAGAAAAGAGAAAGAGUGGUUUACUAUCUUUAUUCAAAGAUAAAGAUAAAGACAAAGAGAAGGAGAAAGAAGAUAAAAAAGAAAAGAAAGAAAAGGAAAAGGAAAGAGAGAGAUUAGAGAAAGAAGAGAAAAAGAAGGCAAAAGAACUGGCAGAGAAACAAAAAGAUGAAGAGAAAGCAAAGUUAUUAAGAGAGAAAGAGAGAAUGAAAGAGGAGUACUCUCAAAUGAAGGAAAAGAUAAAACAAAAAGAGAAAGAAUUGAAAAAGAAAGUAAAAGAUAAAGAAAAAGAUAAAUCCAAUAAUAAUAUCAAUGAUAAUAAUAGUAACAAUAGUAUUAACGAUAACAAUAGUAAUACAUUCAAUACAAACUCAACUAAUAGUCCAAACAAUGAAUAUAGAACACCCGAUUCCGAAUCGGAAAGAGAUUUAUCAACCUAUAGUAAUAGUAGUAGCAUCAGUACAAUCAAUACAACUCCAAUACCAAUUAUAACAACAUUUAUUGAUGAAAAAGAGAAGGAGAAGGAGAAGGAGAAGGAGAAAGAUAAAUAUAAAGAAAAGGAGAAGGAGAAAGAUAAAGAUAAAAGUAAAGAUAAAGAAAAGGAGAAGGAGAAGGAAAAGGAAAAGGAGAAAGAGAAAGAGAAGGAAAAGAAAUCAAAGAGAUCAUCAAUAAGUGAAUUUUCAUCGUUGGUAAUUAGAAAGCUUCAACAUUCUAAUUCGUUUAAUGAAGAUAGUAAGAGUGGUCAUCACUCUUCGAAUCCUAUUGCAUCUUUGUUUCCGUUGGGACAACAUCGGGGUUUGAGUCAGAAGCGAGAUAGAUCACCUACCACCGGUAGGAAGUCAUCGACAGAGAAUGACAUCACCUACUCGGAGGACGAUGACGAUACCGAUAACUCAACGAAUACCUCUACAACCAAUCCACCAACAACCAUUGAGAAUACAAUAACAUCUACAUCCACAACCACAACUGGCUUCUUACAACAACCGACAACAACAACAACGACAACACACAACAACACUACACCCUUUACAUUGUCACCUUCAUCUUCGGUAUCACCAUCUACAUCGACAUCUGCAUCGUCACCAAACAAUAUCAUUGGUCAUAAUGACGACAUCAAUGCUCUCACUGACACCUCUUCGUAUUCCGCUAGUUCUGUGCAUUAUCAUGCUAAUCCACUACAGCUACAUCAACAGCAGCAACAACAAUCGUUUGGACAUCAAAGAUCGUCGUCUAAUUCAUCGACAGGAUCAACGAUAUCGGAUGAAACACUGGCGAAAUCAAUGAUAUUCAAAAAGUAUCUCGAGGAUUACUAUUUGACUAUCGAGGAGUGUCAGAAGAAUGGACAACCUUACAACCCUCUUAUUGAGAGGAGAAAGCAACAACAACUCAAAGCAAUGUUGACGUCAAAGUCGAUCACGCCCACCAAGAAACGUUUGGUAGAUGAUCACAAACGAUCGUUUUCCACAACUGGUGUACCACAGGAUUUAAAGCAUUGGAUGAGAUUAGAACAUAUGACACCUUCUUCCAAUAACAAUAACAACAACAACUACUAUGAACAUUCGCCAAGUAAUCAAUCAACAUCAUUCAGUUUAAAGUCAUCGUCAGAUGCCAUUGCGCAACACCAUUUGGAUUCUCCAAUGAGUUUGUCAUCACCUGAUCCUUCUUCACUGCAACAGCAAAGUAAUCACCAUCAACAAAAUCAACAACACCAACAAGAUAGAGAAAAGAAACGACGUGGAUUAUUAAAGAGAACGUUUAAUCCAAAUAGAUUGUCGCUGACACUCUCUAGUUCACAACGUGGUAUUUCCACGGCAUCGUCUUCAGCAGCGGGAGGUGAUCAUAAACCACUGUCUGACAAAUUCCUACCGUCCAUCGAUGUUAAGCUGAAAAAGAUCUUGCCCAACAUGAAGAAUCUUCCAACUCUUACAAUGCCAAACUUCCAACUGCUCCCAAAGCGUAAGAAAGACAGCAAUACCACAGAGUUUAAAAAGAAUGUAGAUAUCCUACUAGAGGAAUUGGAAUCCGAUUCACCAAGUGGAAAUACUUAUUUUGAAAGUCCAUAUACAUAUAAACCACAUCCAUCCGUUGCUCAAACCUAUAGAGAUCAAUUGAAACUAAGAAAAAAAGUUAUAUCUAUUGACCAAUUGAAAACUAUGGCUACUAAUCUAGAGGUAAAGAUGCUGAUACACUCCACUAGAAUCCAUGAUCAACGUGAGCGAUGUAAAUUACUUCAAUCAAGUAUUGAACAUAGUUCAAAGAAUCUAUCUAUUUCAACUAAUAUAUCAAAAUCAUUGGUAGUUGAGCAAGAUGAUCAAUUUGAAAUUCAAUCUAGAAUUGAAAGAUCGAAACCAUUGAUUGAUAGUAGUAUGAACUCUGUUCACGAUCUCUAUGAAAGAGCCAAACUGUUGGAAGACACUGUACAGAUAUUAAGAAGGUCGAAAAAGACCAACCCAUUUGUAAAUUUCAUUGUAAAAAUAUUCAUCACAGGCUGGUUAACAGCCAUUUUCUCAUUUGUAUAUUCAAAAUUAUUUGGUGUUCAAAAUGAAGACGGUAGUAGUAGUUCCAAGAAACAAGAUCAUCUUCAAAUGAAUUCAGGUAGUUCGAACUCUGCCAAUCAAAGUCUGAUUGGUGUUGGAGUAGGAGGUGGCGGCGGUUUAGUGGGUGUUUCCGGUUUGGACGAUCAGCAAAUCAAAAAGAAGAGUAAAGAUGACCAAUUCCUAUCUCAAGGCGGUGGUGGAACUGGUAGCAGUAGUGGCGGAGAUCAAAGUGGUGAAACACCGACAACUAUCAGCUCAGUCACUAGUGGCAACCAAUCGAAUAUCAAUUCCGUAUUGUCGAACAAUAACAGCGGUAGCAGCAGCAGCAACAACAACAAUGAUCAUCUCAACAGUGAUAAUGACAGCAAGAUGAAAGUUGCGCUCUCCAAUCUAGAGGCAAUGAGCAGAACCAUCUCAAUGCUUCGUGAAAACGACGAGAGUGGCGGCGAUAAUGAAAAUACCGAGUCUCCUACCAUCGACACUGAAAAUGCUAGUGACUAUAGUGAUGAUGGUGAUGAUGAUGAUGAUGACGACGAUAGUUAUAAAUCAACUUGA